AUGACCGAAAAACAAGUAAACGAAGAUGAAUAUGUCAUAGUAGAUAAAUAUGGUGAUUUCGAUGCUAAUUCAGCGAAUCCCGUUAAUCUUAAUCCUCAAUUCAUGGGUGAUUAUCCAGAACCAAAAGCAACAACAAGUAAAAUUCCUGAUUUACCACCAUCUACAAAAGCUGCUAGUGGAUCACCAGCAGUCAAUCGUCCACCAAAACCUCCUGGACAUGCCUUAGGACCAUUUCUUCAAUUUAUUACAACUGAUCUCGAGGAAAUGUUAUGGAUCGGAAGUGUAUUAAUCUUCCGACAUAUUUCAUUUAAUCAACCAGAUAUUGUAUUUAUUGGUGAUGUUAAAAUUGAUUAUAAUUGGGAAAUUUUAUAUGAUAAUAUAUUUGAUUUACGUGCUUAUCGUAUUAAUUUAUUUAUUGAAUUAAAAGAAGGUGAAGGUGAUGAUAUGAUUCAAUGGAAAAUUGAUUGGGGUGAUAAAAUAACUAAUGGUUCAUUUAUAAUUGCUCGUUGUGAUCAAAAAUGGCGUGGAGGUUUUUUUUCAUGUAAUGGAUUUGAUGCUUAUGUUCCUGAAGAAGUCGCAUCAAAUUUAACUUAUUCAGAUGUAUGGAAUCAUCUUUUAUCUAUUCAUGACGAAACACCAUUACAUUUAUUAUUAUGGGGUGGUGAUCAAAAUUAUAUUGAUUUUAUGUUUGAUGAUAUUCCAUUUCUUCGUGCAUGGCGUAAUAUGGCAUGGAAUGCAAGAUGGACAACUGAUUUUCGUGAUGAUGUUAAAGAACAAGUAGAACAAUAUCAUUUUUAUACAUAUGCAGAAAAUUGGGAUCGUCGUCCUGAAGUUAAACAUGCAUUAGCAUCAAUACCAAGUUUAAUGAUGUGGGAUGAUCAUGAUAUAUAUGAUGGUGCUGGAUCUUAUCCUCCAUUAAUUCAUGAUAGUCCAAUGAUGAUGGGAUUAUUUUUAGCAGCACAAAAAAUGCGACUUUUAUUUCAACAUCAUACAACAUUAGAAAAAGCUCGAGAACAUUAUUUAUUUGGAUAUAAAGGAUAUAAUUUUUUUGCUCGAUGUGGUAGAAAUUUAGCAAUAAUUGGUACUGAUGGACGAACUGAACGUGAUACACAAACUGUUCAACAUGAAAAAACUUGGGAUAUGAUCUUUGAUAAACUUGAAAAUAAUCUUGAUGAUGUUAAACAUUUAAUUCUUUUAGUUCCUGUUCCAUUUUCAUUUAUUCGUGUUCCUUUUGCUGAAACAAUUUUUGAAAAAUUAAAAAAUCUUCCAAAUAAAUUGCGAAAACUACCAUUUAUUAAAAGUAGAAAUUCGAUUUUUUAUUUACCUGAAUUGUACGAUGAUUUACUCGAUGAAUGGACACAUGCAUCACAUAUUGAAGAACGUAAUCGUGUUCUUUCUCGUCUACAACAAAUUGCUGAACAAAAAAAAGUUCGAGUUAGUUAUUUCAGUGGUGAUGUUCAUUGUUGUGGAAUUAGUCGAUUUCAAACAGAAGCUUCUCAUCGACCAUUACCAAUUAAUGAUCCGAAAUUAAUGUAUCAAAUUAUUUCAUCUGCUAUUGUUAAUAUGCCUCCAUCGAAAAUGGCUAUUCGUGUUGCUCAUUAUUUUAAAACAAAAUGGAAUCCAAUUGAUAAUACAGAAGAAGAAGUAAUCGAUUUUUUUGAACGAAGACCAGAAAAUGGAGGAAAAUUAAUACAUAAAAAAUUUCGUUCAAAUAGAAAUUGGUGUUAUUUUGAACAUUGUUCUAACAUAACAUCAUCAACUGUUACUAAUACUCACAAACGACAUUCUGAUGUUAUUCCAAGUGCUUUAGGUCCAACUUCUACAGAUGAAGGUUUGGGAAGUCAACAACCUCCAAUUCAUCAACAUUCUCAACAUCAUAAGUGUCAUGAGCAUAUUGAACAUGAUGAAAGACAAAUUGGAACUAGUGAUCUUAAAAUACGAUUAUGGUUAGAAAGUAAUAAAAAACAAAAAACUGGAAGACAAUUUGUUAGUUAUGAAUUACUUAUACCUAAUCUAGAAUAA